GGGCGCUGCUGGGCUGCCACUCGCUGCGGGUGCGGGCGGCGCAGCAGCACCUGCUGAAGCAGCACUCCACGGCCGGCGGCGACCCCGAUGGCGUGGAGUACUCGGGUGGGCUGGCGCAGCGGACCUUCCUAGCCAUCGGCGCCGCCGUUGAGGACGUCCGAGCUGUGUUCCCAAGCAACCUCCCUCCCCCCUCAGCCGCCGCCUCCUCCUCCUCUUUCUCCUCUUCCACCACCUCGGGAGGUACUAAAGGAAGAGGCGGCAGCAGCAGCAAGAGCACUGGCGAGAUGACCCAUGGGUCGGAGGACAUAGCGGCAGCCAUGCUGCCCGCUGUUUCAGCGCUGUUGGUGGAGUGGGCGGCGGAGGAGGCGCGGCAGUGCGGCGCGCUGUUGCGGCGGCAUGCGUUGACGCCGUUUGCCACGACGGGUGCUGCGGUGGGUGCGUUGCUGUGCUGCGGUUUGGCGCUGGUGUUUUGUGCGACGCUGGAGUUGAGCCACGGGUUGGCGCUGAGGGCGGUGUUUCAGGAGGAGCUUUGGCCGCAGAUUGAAGCCAUCGUCCGUCGCCAUCUACAACGCCUACGGGACGAAGCGGCUGCGGCGGCCUCCCUAGACGCCACCAAUGCCGCGCUGCAGGCCCUUGCAAGCGCCACCACCCCACCCGCAGCCGCUGCAGGCCCCAGCGGAUCCUCCUCCGGCGCCCCGCUGCUCCCGGACCUUGCAACGGGUCAGCAGCAGUCGCCAAGCCCCGCAAUGCAGAUACACCUGCCCGUACUCUUCCCACUUCCAGGCGCCAUCGCCACUCCUCCAGCUGCUGCCGCCGGCCUUACCUCCCUCCCCAUGCUGCUUCCCGAGCUAAGAGCCCUGGCGGAGGGACUUGCGCCGCUGGCUUCCGUACAUGCGGUUGCCGUACUUCGUAGCGGUGUCAUGGCGGCGUUUGGGGCGGUGUGCGAGCAGGUUCAUGGCUCGCUGGCGCGGCUGAAAAGCAGCAAUGCGGGUGCCGGCGGCAGGGACGUGGCGACCCAUGGGUCGCUGCUGGCUACGUACGUGAGCAAGGCGGAGAGGCAUCUCAGGGCGUUUGCUGAGGCGGAUGUGCAGGUCGCGCUAGAGCCCCUCGGCGGCCUCAUCGGCCCCGUUGCGCCUCCAGAGCUGCUGCUGCCCUCCCUGGAGCCCAUCACCGAACUCCUCGCAUCGUUGCCGCAGCCGGCACCUGAACCCCAGCCCUCAGCACCCCAGCAGCAGCAGCCAGCAGCGGUGCUACUACAGCCGCAGUCCUCUUCCGGCCUGAUGGACCGCAUUUGUGCAGAGCUGGAGGCCGACAGGAGGGAACGCGAGCGGGACGGCAGGCGGUCUAAGGUCCGGCCGCUAAGUAGCAGCCAAGACGGCGGUGUGGGUGCCCCGGGUGUUGCUGUUGUUGCAAGGGCUGGUGAGAUGGGUGCUGGAGAACCGCAGGAUGAGGAGGAAGAGGAGGAGGAGGUGACGGCGGCGGGUCGUGGGUUGGGUGGUGCGGCCAAUAAGCCUGAAUCCGCAGAGGUGGUUGCAAAGCAGCGGCAGCAGUCAGUUGGUCGCGAGGGCAGGCUGCGAAAGGCAGCUGAAGGCACACGUACACAGCCUGGGAGGCUCGUGCGGUUUGAGGAGGAGGAAGAGGAGGAGGACGACGACGGCAGCGAAGGGGAGUUGGCAGUAGGACUCGCUCGGCGGCGGAAAGAGGAGGGUGCUGGUCGGGUGGUCAGUACGGCUGACACCAGCACCUCAACAGCCCUACGGCGUCCACCCAGGACGUCCACGGAGGAAGGCGCAGCAGCAGCAGCAGCAGCGGUGUCAUCAUCAUCAGCAGCAGCGGUCACGUCAGGCCGGGGCAGUGGGGAGACUACUACUAGAGCUGCUGCCGCGCCAGCAGCAGCAGCGGCGGUGACGGCGGCAGAGGAUGCUGCUGCUGUUGUACCGCGGCGCCGCCCUCAGCUACGGCAAUGGGGUGCAGAUGGCGAUGAUGACGCCACCAUUGCCACCGCAGUAGCAGCACAGGCAACAGCAGCGCCUGCAGCGGCGUCCGCGGAGGCACCCCGCUCUCGGUCCCGCGGCCGGAACAGACCCAGACCUGCUGCUGAGGGAGAGGACUGGCAGGAGACGCCACCGGCAUGGGGUGAACUGGAGCCGCAGCGGCAACAGCAGCCGGAACAACAUCCGAAGGUGGCGGUGGCAGCAACUGCAGCCACACCUACCCGCGCUGAGCCAGUUGUCAGGCCCAAGGCACACGAUGAAGGCUACAUGUCACGGGCUGCAUUGCAGGCAGCCACAGCGGGAACCAACCGCACAACGCGGGCGUCGGAGGCUGCAUCUGCGACGGUGUCAUUUGGUAGCAGCCAGGGCAGCAUGGUGUCACGGCAGCGAGGUCAGCGGCAACAGGAGCAGCCGCAAGACAGAACAGCGGACACAAUGGCGCCGUUGCGAGGGAGAGGACGAUUAGCUGAGGGCCGUGAGAAGGAGCAAGAAAAGGAAGUUGAAGAGGAGGAGGCGCGAGUGCAGCAGCUGCAGCCAAGAAUGCAACGCGGGCGGUUCGCCCGACCCAUGGGUCGUGGUGGCCUAUCCGACAGCGACGGCGAGGGCGCGACUGCUGAGGACGAUGUGCUAGAGCGAUGGCGCAGGCGACGGGGGCGUGCCAAUGCAGGUAGUGCAGACACAGAUAAGCCAGAUGCAGCUGACCAGGCCCCUGAGGCCCUCCGAGGUCCUCCUAGGCGACCACUGCCGCCGCCGCUUCCAGCACAGCCGCUGUCCCAGGCUGAGGUACGUAGUGGUGCUGCUGCUGCUGCUGCUGGACAGGAGGUCAGCUCUGUCGGGGCUGGCGGCAGCAGUGGCGAGAAACCCGGCGGGCGCCGUGCAAGGCAGCCCGCUGCGGAUGCUCCGGUCGCCAGCGACGAAGAAGAGACCGCUGGUGGUUCGGUUCCAGCAGCAAGGAGAACGGUAGAAUUGCCAGGUGGUGUUGAGGGGCGUCAAACAGCCGCGCUGACCGCUAGGCGUACUCGGAAUACUGACGAGGCUGCUGCUGCACAGGCGGCCCAGGUGGAGGAGGAAGAGCAGGCAGCAGCUCCCAGCUCAAGUCGGCCAGUGGGUGCGGGCGCUGCUGGCGGCGCGGUGGUAGCCCGGCCUCGUACGGCCGCCGUACUGGAGGGUACGUACGGCGCAGGAGGCAGCGGCGCUAGGACAGGGCCAAGUCAGACGAAGAAGCCUGCCAAUCGCUUUGGCGUCGUGCUCAGCGACGAUGAUGAAGAGGAGCAGGGCGUGCUGCGGGCCGCGAGGGGGUUCCGCGGGGCCCGACAUGCUGGUGGUGGCGGCAGCAGGGCUGCGGCUGCUGCGGGUGCGGGUG